UGUUCAUCUUCUUGCUAAAUCCAAUUGUCAAUUAUUUAAGUUCGGUACAAAUUUAUACCAAACAAAAAUUGAUAAGUACGAAUUUUGACGCGAUAGAUGGUAAAAUCAUGUGUAAAGUGUUUGUUUGGAAGAUUCAAACAAUACCUACAGAUCCGACAUUUGGGUCAAACAUACCUGGGAGUUCGGAGACGCCGUCGGAGAAGGAUAUGGCCGGGGAGGGAAGAGAGAGAACAACCACAUCCCAUCACAUCACCUCGCAUUGCAUCUAAGCACUUGCUUUGAUCUCCGAUCCCAUCCCGUCCUUGCCUGUUGGAAUUGGAUGAUUUGAUCUAGUCAUGGCUAAUUAGUUUUAAUUUGCAUCCUCAAACUAAUUAAUAAUAAAGUAGACAGAGAGAAAAGAAAGACCAUUAAUUUAUCAUUGAUUUGAUUGAUUGAUUGAUUGAUAGAUAGAUAGAAAGGCACAGGUGGAAAUCAAUCGCAGAAUGAGCGGCAACAAGAAGCAUCAAGGAACGAGUUUGGACGAGGAGCAUAUCGCAGAGUUGAGGGAGAUAUUCCGUUCGUUCGAUAGGAACAACGACGGAAGCCUGACACAGCUGGAGCUGAGCUCCCUUCUGAGGUCGCUGGGGCUAAAGCCCAGCGGGGACCAGCUGGAGGCCUUCAUCAACAAGGCCGACACCAACAACAACGGGCUCAUCGAGUUCUCUGAGUUCGUCGCCCUCGUAGCCCCUGAAAUCCUCCCGGCUAAGUCCCCCUACACAGAAGAGCAGUUGCGCCAGCUCUUCAAGAUGUUCGACCGCGAUGGCAAUGGUUUCAUCACCGCGGCCGAGCUUGCGCACUCCAUGGCCCGCCUCGGCCAUGCCCUCACCGCCGACGAGCUCACUGGCAUGAUCCGGGAGGCUGACACCGAUGGUGAUGGCCGCAUCAAUUUUCAGGAGUUCUCUCACGCUAUCACUUCUGCUGCUUUUGAUAAUUCAUGGGCCUAGCCACUCACGUUAAUUUCUCCCUAGGUGUGUAAAUGAUUCCAUCGUACCUCAGUUUAUUCUUUCUAACUUCGUUCUCCCCAACUACGUACUCAUUCAUAAAUGAAUCAGCUGCUCAUGACAAAUGGUAUUAAUUAAGGGAGCUACUCAAAUGAAGAUGCAAAAAACAUCUUUUUAUGAAGAUGCUUUGUAUAAAAGUGUGAUUUAUUGAUUUGGCCACACUUCAAAUAAAAACAACACUUUUAUAACAUAUCAAAAUCUAACCCUACACUCCAUCAUCUAAGGGUCAAAAAAAAAAAUCAUCACAU